AUGCAGCCCGUGGCAUUCUUGAAAAGAAACCAGACUAGACAUCUAGUGGCCUGGAAGGACAGUGACUCUGGGUCGUCUUUGUACUUGUACACGGCCGACCUUGUCACAUUGUCCACACGCACGAAGAAGCAGGUCCAUGAUACCCACCUCUCAUACGCACAUCUCUCGGAAGGAAGAAUAGACCUGAUGAUUGAGCCUGCGUGCCCCGGAGUUCGUAUAUGCCUGAGAUUGGGGCUGGAGCGACCGCCACAGAGCAGAGCUUACUUGCGAUUUUCACUUCGUCACUGGCUCAGCAAAGAUGAAGGGAAGCAGAUCUACCUCUCAAAGCAUCAUAUAGAGAUUUCAGAAUCAGAUCAGAUCAAACGUAUGACAAACAUGUACACGGCACCUCAACAUUCAUAUAACUAUCUCUUCUCAAGACAUCAGAAAACCACCACAACCUCGCUCAGUCGCCAAUUAACAUUGGGUGCUGGCACACCUAUUGAUCGGGACCUCAGGAACCCGCAAAGGUUGAAGGCGAAGUCUGGCGUAUCUCGAACCCAGCAACAAACAGUCGAGAACGAAAUGAACCGGGUCGAUGACGACGUAUGA